UUCACCAAAAAUCACUCCACUCCACCAACUCCAAAAAAAUCGCAUCCAAACGUGUUCAGCUCCAGCAAUUCCGGCUCCAGGAAAAACGUGGAGCAGGGGGGUAGAUCCACGUUUUUGGUGGAGUACCUCAAGGGGUGCUCCAAAAACCUUGUUUACAGACCUCGUCAUGGAGUUUAUAGUUCUUUACCCACCAUGCCAUCCGUUACACAGUACCCCUUCGAUUCCGGUCAAAAGAAAAAAAACACUAAGACCCAUCCGCUACUCAUUUGCCUGUCGCCCGACCUUGCGCCGAGGCAUCCGCCAAUCCGCCGAUCCGCCGCCGGCGCUCUUCCGACGAGAUGGACGGGGACAGAGGUGCCGGUCUGGGCGGCGCGGCGAGGGAGGCGCCCACCUGUCUGGGCGGCGCGACGAGGGAGCCCCCCGCCGGUCUGGGCGACGCAGCGCGGGAAGGGCCCGUCGGCCUGGGUAGCGCGCCGAGUGCGGCCCCCGCCGGUCUGGGCGCCACGCCGAAGGAAGGGCCCGCCGGUCUGGGCGGCGCGCCGAGGGUGGCCCCCGCCGAUCUGGCCACCGCGCCGAGGGCGGCUGCCGCCGGUCUGGGCAGCGCGUCGAGGGCGGCCCCCGCCGGUCUGGGCGGCACGCCAAGGGGCGGCCCUGCCAUUCUUGGCAAUGCGAUCGGCGUGACGAGGGAGGCACCCGCCAGUCUGGGCGGCGCGGCGAGGGGCGGUCUCGCGCAAGCGGGAGCUUGUGGGCUAAGCAUUGCAUCAGGCAUGGAGCAAGAUCCGUCCAGGGGUGAUUUCGGGGGCCAGGAUGAUGGUGACCAAGGUCUGGAUGUCGGCGGACGAGGUCGUGACUGUGUUGGCAAUUUCAGGGGUGACGGCCAAGGCCGUGGCCGUGUUGGCCAGGGUGGCGGCCGUGGCCAUGGCUGUGGCGCCGGGCAUGGCAGCGAGAAGGCAUCAAAGAGAAACGCUCCUGACACGGGUGAUUCAAUUGAAUGGACUGAUGCAAACACGACGAUCAUAUGUUCGUUGUUUGCCAAACAAGUUAAGAAAGGGAAUAGACCGAACACUCAUUUGAACUCAGUAGGCUAUGAUGAGGUUAGUAAUGAAUUUUUCAACCUCACAGCAAUUCGUUUGACCAAGCGGCAAAUGAAGAACAAGUGGGAUAAGUUGAAGAUCGAUUUAAUGACUUGGAAGAAAUUGAUGAGGAAGCAAACGGGUGCGGGAUGGGACAGAGCAAGAGGUGUGAUUGAUAUGGAUGAUGAGUGGUGGAAGAAGGUUGCGGCAAGUUUCGAAAAAAUCCGUUGCAAAAUGAGGAGGACUAUCAUGUUUGCUGACAUAACUAAUGAUGAAAGCGAUUAUUGGAAUACUAUGAGCUCUAAUCCUAUCAUACCACCAACACAAGAGGAUGUUGACAACAGACAUGUGAAUGAGGUUCAUGAUGUCCCUGAUGAUUGUGACCAUGACGGAGUUGCUUGGGAUGAAACAGAUGAGGUCCAAGAGGUUACUCCUUCUCCUACUAUUUUGUUAGCAAACAAAAGAAUUCCACCAGCAAAGAAACAAAGAACUGGAACAGCACAAGUUAUUCAGGAACAAGUAACCAAGAUUGCUGAGUCCACUUCCUCUUUUACAUCUAAAAAAUUAGGUGAAGUAACUGUGCAACAAGUCAUGGACCUUGUGUUGGAAUGUGGGGCAGGAUAUGAUACAGAUGAGCAUUAUAUCGCCAUUGAGUUGUUUGUGAAGAAGGACCAAAAGGACAUGUUCAUGACCCUGCCAACAAACGAGAUUAGAUUUAAUUGGCUUCCCAGAAAGUACAAUGUCAAGUAUGGCAAUUGA